AUAUUCUCUGACGUUAUAUAACGACGUCUGCUCGCUUCACUUCCUGGUUGACUGUGUGAAUUUGUCCAAACAUGACCGCGUGUGCUGUGUACAGGUAGAAUAGAUAAAAGGUAUACCUUUUUUUGUACCUCAUGGCUUCUGUCAGUGACCUGCAAGCUCGACGAGUUGAAAAUAAUAAUACACGCACUCUGUUGAACUCAGAAGGCGUUUAUGAAGCAGCAGAAGAUAAUUCAUCCCAGAUCAUUCUGGAGAACCCCGAUCCUGAUAUCGUUAAAACAAUCUCACAUUAUUUCGAUGUUGCUCUCAGUGGGCAGAAAUAUGUGUUAUCCCAUCCCGUCACAGACCAUGGCACUGAGUCUUCAGCAGACAGUAGGGAUUCAGGGGACAGCCUGUUCAUAACUCAAGUGCCAGUGUCUGAGGUGGUGAGGUCUGUGAGAAGAUGUCACUCAAAGGAGAGGUCAGAGUUCACAUGUACCAUAGAAUCAGAGGAGGAGAGUGGGGACGAAGAUGGACCUGCCACUCCCCAAAGGAAGCAGCAGGUCUCACAGGCAAUGAAACAUCACAAGAGGAAAGCAGAGAAGCAUGGCCUGAAAAAGUACUCCUUUCCCUUUCUGGGGAGCGUUUACAGAAGUAAACCCCUAUCUAGUCGAGAGUGGGCUUACAGAAACACACACCUACCACUAUUAAAUAGUGUGACCUUCUCGAGUAAGGCAAUUGGAGGCUUUUUUAGAUGUGUCAAAACACUGAAGAAGUUCUCUAAAGGAAAAGCGACUUUAGCUUCAGCUUUACCAAACAGAUAUCUGGAUAAGGAAGGUGAACUGUCUCCGCUGUCAGAACAGGAGGUGGAAUCUGAAGGUAGUGAUGAUGACAUCAGAGUGGUGGAAAAUACACUUUUAAUGCCAUUCCUGAAAAAGAAAAAUAGGCAAACUUGGCGUUAUCCAUCAUCUGAAGCUGAAAAGCAAUGCAGAAAGUUUUCAUCUGUAAGCAAAGACUCCACCGCCAAGACAAAGAAACGGAGCACAAAGAAAACACAAUACCUCCCUCAUGUUAAAGAAACUCUUUCCUUGGUUUCCAAAAUGAUUAAAGACACACCAUCAAAGCGGAGUUCUACUGGGUCACGGCGAAUCGUACCUGAGAAAUGUAACAUGGCAGAAGAAGAGACUAACCCAGAGUCAGUCAGUUGCGUUAGGAGAUGUUCAUCUGGUAGGAGUUUAGUCCGCAAUGAAACAGAAGAACCUGGUAUACAUUUAGCUGAAAAUACAGACGGACAGGAAGAGAGCGACAACAUGGACAUUUCAUUGACAGAAUGGAAGACAAUGCUGAAUAUCGGACUUGUCAGUGAGGAAGUAGAGGGGAGUAGAAUAGACCAGGCAGUGGACAUAACGAGUUCACCUAUUAGUGAAGUGCAGGAAAGUGAAGGAAGCUGUUUGGAGAGGACCCAAGGCAGAGCCAUGACCCCCAGUGUGACUGGGCAGCGCCCUGAUCGUGACCAUCAGAAACAGACAAGAGAAACAGAGGCUGAUCCUGGAAUUAAAGGUCACAACCCCGCUUCAACAGAUCCAGCGCUCACAAUUGACUGUACAAAUGUUGAUGCUGGGGGAGACUAUGAACAGAAGGGAAAGAAGAGGAAGAAAAAGAACAGGAAAAGAGAGGGAGGAGAUGAUGAAAGUAUAGAGGACCGAGUUGGGCAGCCUCCAUGCCAAGAAGCUCCAGAUUAUCAGGAACUAGUCACCUGUGUGAGUACAAGCACCAUACAGGGAGGAGAGGCUACUGAGAUAACCCAGGAUAACAAGGCAGAGCAUUCUGUGUCCGUGUCUGGUGAAAUGAUUAUGCCACAGAAAAAGAAGAGAAAAAAGGAUAUAAGACCGAAAACAAUUGAGUGCUCUAUAGUCCAACUUACUAAAUUGGUAGCCCAGAGAAAGAAGCAUAAAACCAUGGCACCAAUAGACAAUUCUUUGGCACAGAGUGACGGCACAAUUUAUUUUAGGAAAAAGAAAAAGGCAAAGAAAGAUGGGGAUUCCUGCAGCAAUGAAAUGGUGGGAAAUUAUACUCAAAUUCCUCUGAUUACAAGUACUUCAUCUCAAUCUGGUGAAAUCAAUACACUGGAGAAGAAAAACCGCAAACGAGAUAAGAAACAGAAUUCUGACAUUCAUGAAGAUUCUUUGGCCAGACCCAAAGAGAAUGUUGUGACCCAUGAGAGGUCUGAAGACAAGGUUACGGAGAAGAAGCGGAAGAAGAGGAGGAAAUCUUCAACUGAAGAUGGCGCCAUUGUUCAACAACAAGAGGAUAGUAUUCAAAAAUUCCAUAUCACCCUCAAGAGUUCUGUGUCUGAAUCCAUUGACACUGUGCCACCAAGAAAAAAGCGGAAGAAAGAUGGGGAUGUAGUAACUCCUUUGAGCACAGAGGAGAGACGUCAAAAGGACAGCAUACCACCUGAAACAGAUGAGAUCACUAGCCCAAGAAAGAAGAAGAAAAAGCGAGAUGAGUCUAAAGACACUUGUUCUGUCAUACACCAGGAUACAGCAGCUCCACUGGAAAAAGACAGUAUUGGCAUAGCUUUGGAGGGGUGUGAGAGUUCUGCUUUGACUCCAGAUGACACAGUUUCUCAGAGAAGAACUAAGAAAAAUAAGAAUUCCCUCACCAAACAUGAUCCUGAGGGAAGACUGAAAAAUGAUGCAACUAAAAUAUCUCAGAGGAUGAACGCAACUGUAAAAAAUUCUGCUGAAGUAAGACUUGAAGCUGAAAGUGCCUUUAUAUCCUCAGAGAGAAAGAGGAAAAAGACAAAGAGGAGGAAAUCCACUGAUUACGAAGUACCAGCGGUAGGACAUCAAGAUAAUGAUAACACUGCAAUACUAAUUGAAACCACCCAGAGUUCUAUGACCCAAUACAAAGAAACAGAGUCACAGAAGAAGAAAAAUAAAAUAAAUGAUAACACUGCAAUGCUAAUUGAAACGACCCGGAGUUCUAUGACCCAAUACAAAGAAACAGAGUCACAGAAGAAGAAGAAAAAUAAAAUAAAUGAUAACACUGCAAUACUAAUUGAAACGACCCGGAGUUCUAUGACCCAAUACAAAGAAACAGAGUCACAGAAGAAGAAGAAGAAGAAGAAAAUAAAUAGAAAAACAAACAAGGAAUCAGUUGCCCCGAAGUGCACAGAUGGAAGACAGACCGGGGAGAUGUCAGAGGCGACGUCAGGCUGUCUGCCUUUACCACAGAUUAAUCCUGAUCCUGUAUCAAUCUCCCAUGAAUUUGUUUCAUCAGCAGAGAAGAAAAAGAAGAAAAAUAAGCAUGGAAAAGACAAGAGGAUGAUGUAUGUAUGAUGCAUAUCAGGAUUACCUCGCAACCAAACACAUUGACACAGUGGUGAUGUCAUGAAGCAUGCCAUCUGAAUAAACCCAUAGCUUGGAAAGGAUUUUUGAUGGGUGGCCUUUGGUUAUAAGGGAACAGAUUUUUAAAUGAGUAGUUUCAUUGUACACCACCUCUAUGAUGGUUGUUCUUCCACUCUUUAGAGACACUUGUUUGCUAAUUCAGAUGAUCAAUUAACAAAUUCAGAUGAUAAAUGUGCAUGCAUAGGCUAGUCAGAUAAACUGAACGUUUUCAGUGUUAAGUUACCACUGAAUGGUGUUUUGUAAAGAAUAUUUUUUCAUCCUACCCUGUCACCUAGUGGACAAAUUAAGACAAAACACACUGGUUUUACUCAAACUGGUUUUAUUGCAGUGUUAGUGACAUGUUUAGAACUUGGAUUCUACUGUCAUGACGUUUCAUUAGUCCUCCAUAUAAUGUAUGCCAGUGACGCAUGAGAAAGUGGUUUUGUACAUUUGAUAAGAUUUGUUUCUUGUUCAGUUUUGAAAUAGAUUACAUUUCUAAUGUAAUUCCCUCCAGUAAGGGACAUUGAUGCAAUAUCCUUUGUGUGCAGUGCAUCAUAUGAAGGCCUAGUCUAAACAUUGUCUCCACAACCAUUAUAGCUAUAGUAAUCAUUUUUAUAUUGGCUCCAUACAAGUGUAGUUGUAAGUAUGACUGUCUAUUGAAAGAUACAAUAAAUGUACAGUUUAUCAAUG